AGCUGGUAUCCUAGCAACUUGAAAACACUGAAUCUGGAAGAAUACCGGGGAGCCUUGGAUUUGGAAAGAAAGGAGUCCAGUUGCUUCUGGAAAAGGAACAUGGAGCCAUCAGAUAAAAUGCUAGUGGAGACCAACGGACAUCCAGUCACUUUCAAUUUUCACCACCAAGGCACCCGGAGCAGCGCCAGAAAGGCGGAGGAUGUAUCUCUGAACGAUCCUCUGCGGGCUGUCCCAGGCAUGACCGCAGGGGCCGCGAAAGGAAGUCCACGUUUCGGGACGCUGAGUCAUCACUCAUUCUUCUCCCGCCACAACCCUCAUCCCAGCAGAGUGACUCACAUUCGAGGUUUAAAUGGGAAUCCAGUUUGCAUUGUAAACGAUGACUGGCAUGUCUCCACACCCCUGUCGCCACACCCUUUCAUCAAGAGCCAGCUCCCUUGGGCCACCUUUGGAUCUCCCGCUAUUCAGAUACCAUUCAUGAAUUUCAGUGGACACAAUGCUGCACACCAUAAUGCAGAAACCUGGAGGGAAGAACUUAAAGAUCUGGCGGCGAAAGUAGUCAUGUCAGCAUCUGCUAGUAAAGAUAAAAAAACAGCAGAGGAGGAGCCGGCCCGCAGACGGACGCAGUACUCCGCGCAGACCGGCCGCAUUGUCCCCCCCGCCUCCCAGGCGUCAGGACGGCGGUCCUCCCGCCACGCCCGCCCCCGGGGCCCCCCCCACCCCGUCACUCUCCAUGACCAGGAGCUCAUGGUGCUGGAGCUCCUGUGUCAGAUCCUGCAGACAGAUUCCCUGUCCCACGUGCAGCAGUGGCUUCUGUACGCAGGGCAAAGAGAGAAAGACAUGGUGAUGUGUUUGAUCCAGAACGCGCUGGAUGGGAGUGUGUUGAAUUCCCAGGACCAAGCCCCUAAUCAAGGAGGGACCCCAAUUUCACCCCUGUCCCUCCCUUCCAGAGCAUCCUCCACAGGUCAGCACUGGGGAAACCGCAGGCUCUCCAGCUCUCGCCAGGUGCAGGAUGAGAUCAAUACCGAGGAAAAAGCAGAGAGAAUCGGAACGGCUGAGGUUCUGCGACUCCACUCAAGUGAAGGCCCAUUCCAGGGUGAAAAUGGCAUUCCUGGCGGCAGUAGUGGUGACAAUCAGCUGUAGUCUCAGAUAAUCGUUCUUUAAAAUAGCCUUUUCACUCUAAAAAGGGAACCUUCUGCCAUGAAAGAGAUUUCAUGAAAUUGAGACUUCGUCAUGAGCUUAUAAUUGGAACUAGAAAAGCUACUGGUCAUUUAAGCUACCGUUUAAUAUAAACUGUUAACCCACAGAUUAUGAACUGAUGGAAGCAUAUAGGUAGAUGCUGAUAAAAUUCAUAAUACUUAUGUCUUUUAUUGGCCAGUUUCAGUAUUGAUUGACAAAGAGUAUCUUUCUUCCUCAGAGGACCAUAAUUUGUAUGGGGGUUUGUUUGUUUUACCUCCAAUAUUCACUGGUUCAUUUUACAGGUAACUCUUUGACUGAACCCUUCAACAUAAGGCUGAUUUACUGUAACACUGUCAUCAUACGACAUAACAGCUGCCGCAGAAUGCGUCACUGAUGAUGUUUGUUUAUGUCAGAUGACGGAAAACCUGUCAUUCUUUUGAUGCUAAAUGGCAUGACAGAUGUUACUGUGAUAACGUGUACUGAUGUAAGUGAUGACUUCAGUCAUCAUUCCUUCCAAUAAAUCAAAUAAAGAAUU